AUGGCUGCCAUUACCUUGGAGAUGGUUGCUGCCUGGCUGCAACAACAGAACAGGGAAGGACCAGCGGGAACUGUAGGUGAGGAAGGAGAAGCAAACAUUGGAAGCAUGGAUCUGCGUGCAGAGAACUCUAGCUCCGAGGUGCCACCAACCCUGCAGCAGGAUCAACCCUAUGAUAGUGAGGCCGGUCAUGUCUCCCAUGCCCCAUGGAUGUCUCACUCAUACACAUCCUCCAAUCUCUUUGAUUCCACCGUGGGAAUGGGAGACAUGGCAUUCAAUUCCAUUGAUCUCUUUGAUUCCAGUGAAGAUGAAGACACCUAUGGGAGCGAAGAUCUAUAUGAUGAAGAGAGCAGCGAUUAUAGCGUCUACACACCUACAUCAGUGCUCUCUCCUGCACUCUCUUCAAUUCUGGGGACGACUGAUGACGAGAGUGAUAAUGAUGAUGAUGUGAGUGAUGGUGGUUCUAGUGCUAGCGUCCCUUACUCAAAUGUUGUCGUUGGGUGUUGCAUAUGUCAUGUAUUCUUUAUGGUACCUAAGCAAACUAAUGUUUGCCCACAAUGUGGUACUGGCAACCUUGUUCGCUUUGAUGGAAAUGCUAUUAUCUAA